CGGACGUUUAUUCAAGCUACAGUACAAGUAUGAGGGGAAUUCUUGUACUGCUCCUUGCAGCUAGCAUAUGCUCAAUAAAUGCUUUAGAGCGAGAGGAGCUGAUCAACGCUGCUAUUCAGGAUGUGGAGAGGGAAGAACUAAGCAUAGCAGCGCUAGCACAACACAGCAAGGCUCCAGACGGUGCAACAACAUCUAGUGAGCUCCUAAAUGCUUUCAAACGUGCCUCACCACUUGCUAUAAAGCAAGGAAAAGCAAGACUCAAGUUCGAAAAACUAAUUCACAAGGCUGAAAGAAGCAUUCUGGAAAAUGAAAGGAGAGAGAUGACAGACAUAGAUAACCUUGCAAAAGCAGAAGAGAUAGCGAAAGUACUGAUGAGUAGACCUGGAUCUAUUCUUACCAAAGAUGAGGUUGCUAAGAUGUAUGAGCAUGCAACAUGUACCAAACCGCCUUCCUGCAACCUCCCUACCAUGAAAACAAUGCGAACAGUAACCGGUAUAUGCAACAACCUUGAAAAACCAUUGCUUGGAUCUUCUACAACUGCUUUCCGCCGACUAAUUGAGCCACAGUACGAAGAUGGAUUUAGUCAGCUUCGUGGAACCAUGCAAAGUGAAGGAAAUUCACUAUUCAAUGGAGGACCAUUCCAGCCACCAAAUCCCAGCCCUCGGAUUAUUAGCUUGAAUGUGAUUCAAGACCAGCCAUUAGUCAACAAUGAUAAUACUCAUCUUAUUAUGCAGUGGGGUCAGUUUAUGGAUCACGACUUAGGUCUUGCUCCAUUUUUUCAUGAUGAAAGUCGAUCAUUGUGUGAAGGAUGUGAAAAUACAGAUAAAUGUGCCCCAAUAUUAGUUCCUACAAGUGAUCCAAUUUUUGGAAAUCAAGUGUGUAUUGAAUUCCCUCGAAGCAUUCCAGCUUGUGAUAGUGGAGGAGCAAAUGGUGAAGUACGCCCACGGCAACAAAUAAAUGAUCUGACCUCUUUCAUUGAUGCCUCUCAAGUAUACGGCUCGAGUCAAGACGUAUUUGAGGCAGUUCAAGAUACUAGAACUGGGCUACUGCGAACUGGACCUAACAUUCCAGAAAAUGGAGGAGUCUCACUUCCUAUUGUCAAUAGCGCCACGAAAAAACUUGUUGAAUGCAUGGGAUCGGGGCCAAAUUGUUUCCUGGCUGGAGAUGUGAGAGUGAAUGAGCAGACAGCUCUGACAAUAAUGCACACAAUAUGGUUGAGAGAACACAAUCGAAUUGUAUUUGAAAUCAGGCAAAGUAACCCUGGAACAAGUCCUGAUGUGUUAUUUCAAAAAGCACGUGCUAUUGUUGGUGCAGAAAUUCAAAAAAUCACUUUCAAGGACUACUUGCCACUUUUAUUAGGAAGUGCAAUGUCUGUCAUUAAGCCAUACACAGGUUACAAAUCUAAUGUCGAUCCAACCAUUCCUAACGCUUUUGCAGCAGCAGCUUUUCGAUUUGGACACAGUCAGAUCAAUCCAUUCUUCGAGCGACUCGAUGAGAAUAACACACCAUUGAGUAUUGGGCCUUUGAGUCUACUGGAUACUUUCUUUAAUCCUAUUCAAUACACAUUAAGCGGCGGUACUGAUCCUAUUCUUCGUGGCCUUCUUAAAAGACCUGCACGUAGCGUAGACGAAUUUGUGAAUGACAUUCUCACCAACCAUCUUUUCCAAACAAAUGUUUCUGUUGGAAUGGAUCUUGCAGCACUCAACAUCCAGCGAGGGCGUGAUCAUGGACUGCCACCGUACUAUACUUGGAAAAGAUGGGCAAAGAGAGAAUGUAACAUAUCCAGCGAAUUUAUGAACGAUCUCACUAAAGUCCGUCUUUUGCAAACGUAUGGCACUCUUGAAACCGUUGAUCUCUGGGUCGGAGGCCUAGCUGAGGAGCAUGUAUCUGGUGGUUUGCUGGGAGCUACGUUCGCCUGCAUUUUUGCCAAAACAUUUGAAGCCCUACGAGAUGGUGAUCGCUUCUACUAUGAAAACCCUGAGUCUGCUUUAUUCAGUGCUGAUCAAAGGAAAACUCUUGAGGAUGCUUCACUGUCUCGUAUCAUUUGCGAUAAUAGUGACAAUAUUAAUACAAUACAGGAGAAUGCUUUUCGGGCAGAUGAGCCAAGCAUAAGUUGUUCAAAAAUCAAAAGAGUUGAUAUAGACAAGUGGAGCAAUAAUAAUAAAUGCUAUUUGCGAGCAAAAGUGAAUAGAAGAAUGGGUGAAAUUGACCUAUUAUCUUAUUCAAUGUUAAGACGACAAAGAAAAACACGAAAACUAUAUAAAAACACUCUAGAUGAUCGCGAUACGACAUGUAUUCCUAUUGUUUGUCCUACGAAAAGUAAGUCAGUGACGGUAUUAGUGUCUAUUGACGACAAAAAUCAACAAUGUAGGGCACAGAGGAGUGCACUACUGAAACCAAGGGGAAGGAAAAGACUUCGGGGUGUUAUUAAGCUGAAAGAUAUUGAAAAUUCAGCCAAUGGAGCGUAUAAGAAUUAUGGUGAUUGCAAAAUUGGAACACAGUACGGAGCAAUUUUUAAUUGCAGGUCUGAUGUCGCAGCUGUUGAAUCGAAUAAUGAAUUACUGCAAGAGCUAGAAACCUCACUGACUCAAACUGCUUCAUCAAUGAGUAGCCUAUCAAUAGAAAUACCCUUGACAGAUUCCACACUACCAGCUGAGUAUCGUGAAUUUAUAGAUGAGUUUGAAGAUGAACCAGCUGAGAAUGUACUUUCUGUACAAAGUGAUGCAGCUUGGAAGGAAGAGGCAAUAGACACCCUAGAAAAUCUUUUAACCACUCUUAAAGAUGAUCAAAAAGAUAAACAAACUAAUAACGAAAAAACCGAUGAAGCUACAGAUCAAGAACUUUACAAGAAUCUUAAUAAGCUUUUGAAGGAUAAUAAAUGAACUGAGCUGAACUCUGAAAGUAUUCAAAGUAGUUUUGUUUGAUGCUAAGUACAUGUAUAGCUAUACCCUAGAUCUAUGUGAACAAACAGUAUUUUAUAUCUAGACAAAACUGAUGGAUGUCAGAAAACUGAUGUCAGAGCUUAUGAGCAUCUUAGAGAAGUAUACACUUUGAUUUUGAUAUUUGCUUGCUUUAUAUAAUAAUAUUAUUAUAUGCACAUAAUAGCUAUGGCGCUAUA